CCGGUUGUUGAGACGCCUUUCGCAUUUCCGGUGUAUGGAACGCAGAUGGUAGUAGCUGUGUGUGAGAGCUGUGCUAGAUUUCCGGGGCAGCGACCCGCACAGCGCCUUCUCCUCUCCCUGGGUUUCUCUUCAUUCGGACAUUUAUCUCUCUCGUUCCUAAGCAAGUCUGUAUUUUUCUGUACGUUAUCGUGUAAUCGAAGUUGAAAAGAAACAUGACGGAUUCAAAGUAUUUUACAACUAACAAAAAAGGGGAGAUCUUUGAGCUGAAAGCUGAACUUAACAAUGAGAAGAAAGAGAAACGGAAGGAAGCUGUGAAGAAGGUUAUUGCUGCAAUGACCGUGGGCAAAGAUGUCAGCUCCCUGUUUCCAGAUGUGGUGAACUGCAUGCAAACAGACAAUCUGGAACUGAAGAAACUUGUUUACCUUUACCUGAUGAACUAUGCUAAAAGCCAACCAGACAUGGCAAUCAUGGCUGUUAACAGCUUUGUCAAGGACUGUGAGGAUCCAAACCCUCUGAUCCGAGCCCUGGCAGUGCGUACCAUGGGUUGUAUCCGAGUUGAUAAAAUCACAGAGUACCUUUGUGAGCCUUUGCGGAAGUGCCUGAAGGAUGAGGACCCAUACGUGCGCAAGACAGCAGCAGUGUGUGUGGCCAAACUCCAUGAUAUCAAUGCCCAGAUGGUGGAAGAUCAGGGCUUCUUAGAUUCACUGAGGGAUCUGAUUGCUGAUUCCAACCCAAUGGUGGUAGCCAAUGCAGUAGCUGCACUGUCAGAGAUCAGCGAGUCACACCCAAACAGUAAUCUGUUGGACCUGAAUCCCCAGAACAUCAACAAACUGCUGACUGCUCUGAAUGAAUGCACUGAGUGGGGCCAGAUCUUCAUCUUGGACUGUUUAUCUAAUUAUAAUCCUAAGGAUGAGAGGGAGGCGCAGAGUAUCUGUGAACGUGUCACUCCUCGGUUGUCUCAUGCCAACUCUGCUGUGGUGCUGUCUGCUGUCAAAGUCUUAAUGAAAUUCCUAGAGUUGCUGCCUAAAGACUCUGAUUACUAUACUAUGCUGUUGAAAAAACUGGCUCCCCCUUUGGUUACUUUGCUGUCUGGCGAGCCUGAGGUGCAGUAUGUAGCACUUCGGAACAUCAACCUUAUUGUACAGAAAAGACCUGAAAUUCUAAAACAAGAAAUUAAAGUUUUCUUUGUAAAGUACAAUGAUCCGAUUUAUGUCAAACUGGAGAAACUGGAUAUAAUGAUUCGCCUGGCAUCACAGGCUAACAUUGCUCAGGUCUUGGCUGAGCUGAAGGAAUAUGCCACAGAGGUGGAUGUUGAUUUUGUUAGAAAGGCUGUUCGUGCCAUAGGACGCUGUGCCAUUAAAGUUGAGCAAUCUGCAGAGCGCUGUGUGAGCACUCUCUUGGACCUCAUCCAGACCAAGGUUAACUACGUUGUUCAAGAAGCCAUUGUUGUCAUCAGAGACAUCUUCCGCAAGUAUCCUAACAAGUAUGAAAGUAUAAUUGCCACACUGUGUGAGAAUCUGGAUUCCUUGGAUGAGCCAGAUGCCCGUGGUGCCAUGAUCUGGAUUGUUGGUGAAUAUGCAGAACGUAUUGACAAUGCUGAUGAACUACUGGAGAGCUUCUUGGAGGGAUUUCACGAUGAGAGUACACAGGUUCAACUUACUCUACUUACGGCUAUUGUCAAACUCUUUCUGAAGAAGCCAUCAGAAACCCAAGAGCUGGUUCAACAAGUUCUCAGCCUGGCUACACAGGAUUCUGAUAACCCAGACCUGCGAGACAGAGGCUAUAUUUACUGGCGAUUGCUCUCUACUGAUCCAGUAACUGCCAAAGAAGUUGUGCUUUCAGAGAAGCCACUGAUAUCUGAAGAGACAGACCUAAUUGAACCCACUCUUCUGGAUGAAUUAAUUUGCCAUAUUGGCUCACUGGCGUCGGUCUACCACAAGCCACCUAACGCCUUUGUGGAAGGGAGUCAUGGAGUGCAUCGCAAGCACCUUCCAAUUCAGCAUGGAAGCAUUGAUAUUGGAGACAGCCCUGUUGGUCCCACUCCAUCUGCUGGGCUCGAACAGCCCCAGGUUAUUCCAUCACAAGGUGACCUCCUUGGAGAUCUUCUUAAUCUCGAUCUGGGCCCUCCAGGAAAUGUGCCACAAGUGUCCACCAUGCAGAUGGGAGCAGUGGACCUUCUUGGUGGAGGUCUGGAUAGCUUGAUGGGAGAGGAUACGCAAUGGCUGGGAAGUGACCUUGGUGGCGGCAUUGGUGGGAGUCCAGCGGUUGGGCAAACCUUCAUUCCCUCCUCCGUUCCAGCAACAUUUGCUCCGUCCCCUACACCAGCGGUGGUUAGCAGUGGACUGAAUGAUUUGUUUGAACUGUCUUCUGGUAUUGGGAUGGCGCCUGGAGGAUAUGUAUCACAAAAAGCUGUCUGGUUACCUGCUGUAAAAGCCAAAGGCUUGGAGAUCUCUGGUACAUUCUCCCACAGGCAAGCACACAUCUACAUGGAUAUGAGUUUCACCAACAAAGCUUUGCAGCACAUGACUGACUUUGCAAUACAGUUUAAUAAGAACAGCUUUGGUGUCAUUCCCAGUGCCCCUCUGGCGAUUCAUACUCCCCUCAUGCCCAACCAAAGUAUUGACAUUUCUCUUCCUCUAAACACCCUUGGGCCUGUUAUGAAAAUGGAGCCCCUUAACAAUCUCCAGGUGGCUGUGAAAAAUAACAUCGACGUGUUCUACUUCAGUUGUCUUAUCCCUCUACAUGUGCUCUUUGUGGAGGAUGGCAAAAUGGAACGUCAAGUCUUCCUGGCCACAUGGAAGGACAUCCCCAAUGAGAAUGAGCUGCAGUUUCAGAUCAAAGAUUGCCAUUUGAAUGCAGACACAGUUUCCAGCAAGCUUCAGAAUAACAAUGUUUAUACCAUUGCCAAGCGGAAUGUGGAAGGGCAGGACAUGCUGUACCAAUCCCUCAAACUUACCAAUGGUAUCUGGAUUCUAGCAGAGCUGAGGAUCCAGCCUGGAAAUCCCAAUUAUACGCUUUCCUUGAAGUGCCGUGCACCAGAGGUCUGUAACUAUGUUUACCAAGUGUAUGACUCUAUACUGAAGAACUGAAUGCGAAACUCCUCAAAUGAACCUGGUCCUACAUAUACACUAACUCUGUCUCUAUGUAAUCUGACUCAGCUAUACCAAUGACUUCUUAUUUUUUGUUGGAAAAUGCAGUCCAUGGCUGUUUCAACAGGAAACCAGCCUUUAACAUCUUGAUUUUUGGACCAUUUCAAGCACUUCUGAUUUAGUUAUCUAUUGGUCUCCAAUGUGACGUGGGUCCACUUAACUUUUAAUGCUAUGAGAUGAUUAAGCCUGUUUGGGUUAUUGUUAGACACCUAUCAACUGCAGCCCAUCAACUGUAUUCAUUAAGAUUGGAAAUCCAACAUUAUUCAGGUGUUUGUCUUGUAUCCCAUUUAGCUGACUGCACAAUGGGUAAAUGAUUUAUUCCGCAGUGCUAGAUGUUUCCUGACCAAGACAUUUCCAUAUGACCCAGGUUAAGAACCAGUUAUUGUGAUUGUGUGGAGUUGCUUAAUGUAUUAUACUGGACGCAGUAGUAGCUAAUAGCUCCCUUUACCUGAUGUUAGAUGAAAUGUUAUAUGCAAAUUGGUUCCAACCUUUUUAAUUAGCCUAACCACAUAUUAUGUAAGUACAUAGUGUCUAUCUUGUAACUUAGUCACUUUUUAGAACUUGGUAAACGUAAGCAGUCUUUACAUGUGUUUGUGCCACUUAUAUACCCACCUCUUCUGUGACACUGCUUCUCAGCAUUGCCAUGCAUACAUUUACAUUCCGUGCCAAUGCUGAAGGUAUUCCGAGCUGAAUAAAUAUGUUAUAUGUGUAUUGUAAGCAAAGAAAAAGAUCCAAUAAAACGGAAUAUGUUUCAGGAAAAA